UCAGUUCAACGUACUGCACAUAAUUAAGAGAAAUAUUAUUCUUCGGGCCAGUCAAGUGGAUCCCGGUUUCGAGUAUAUAAGCGAGUGCGGAAACCACCAGAGCAUCAGUGUCUGCAAAACCAUCCACCAUGAUUCGUGUGAUCUCAUGUCUGCUACUGGCCGCAACGGUACUCGCUCAGCACCAUCACGAAGAGCAGCUGCAUCACGAACAUGAACACGAGGAACAUCACGAGCCACAUUACAAAUUUGAAUACAAAGUGGAAGAUCAUAAAACCGGGGACUAUAAAAGCCACAGGGAAAGCCGAAAGGGCGACAAAGUCGAUGGAUACUACAUGCUGAAAGAAGCGGAUGGCACUAUUAGAGAGGUUCACUACACAGCUGAUAAACACGCCGGAUUCAACGCGGUUGUCACUAAAUCAGGCCACCCACACAAAGAGGAACACGAAGCUAAGGAAGAACACCACAAAGGAGGUCACGCCGUUCACUACGGACACGUCCACGAAGUGCACAAACCAGUGCAUCACGAAAAGGAAGAACACCAUCUUGAAUUCAAGCCGUACGUAGUGUCUCAUCAUCAUUCGCCUUCGGUACACCACGUCCACAAGGAAGUCGCACACGAAGAAAAAGAGGAAGAGGGCGAAAAGCACGAAGAGAAUUCCGCGGCGUCUAUCGCCAACUUCCGUCACGCUUUCCGUCCUCAGGGGGCUAUGCAGUACCACUACGAGCAGCCCCAAUACGAGAUCCAACACUACGACCGACAGUACCAGCAUGGUGAACAGGUGAAACGUGACCUUUAUUACAAACGCCAUCAAUACCGCGGCGGCAAUUCUGAAGAUCGAGGCCAAGGUAGACAGAAACACAGCAAUUACCAAGUCAUGGAAAACGUGCGCAAUUAGUGCGCGAACUAGGUGCCACUGGCCUUAUUUCAUAGAUCUAUAUUUGUUGACUAAUUUUUUAACUUUAAUUAUUUACUUAAUGAAGAAAAAAUAAAAUA